CCUGACCUUAGUCUUCAGCAGAGGGUUGCAGGGAACUGUGUCUUUUGGACUGGGGGGUGGGGGGGCUUCCGGGAGGGACCUGGAGUGGGCAGCGGAGAUGCCUUCGAAGAAGAGUCUGAGGAUCCCCGAAAAUUGUGUUCAAAACAUCGUGUGUACGUGUGCACAUGCUCUCCUGAGGGAAGAGUCGCUAGGUUUCAUCCUGUGGACUGCCCCCCAUUCCCCUGAAGUCUGUGUUUUCCAAACAUCUAAGAGCUGCUUGGCUGGAUGAGGGCCCACGGGUCAGUCAACUUAGGUUCUAGUAACUAACCUGGGAGCCCGGCCGAUCACUUGCCUCCAGCCUAUUUCUCUGAGAACGCGGUCAGUCCAGCGGGCUCCGAGGUUGCUUCCGCUCGCACCUCCCGCGGGCCGACCCCUAUCCCGCGAGCAGAGAGGUGCAGCCUCGCAGCUCCGGGAGCUGGGCAGAAUGGGUGGCCGCGGGUCGGCGGGAGCGUGGCUCGCAGCUUGUCGUCCUCUAACCCUGUGGAGGGCCGGGGCUGCCGGCGAGCGGCCCCUGGGAGGGGUCGGGGGUGUAGCGAGGGUGAUCUGCCCAAAAGGCUAACCCUUCGGAGUAGGCGGAUCCGCGCCCCCCCCCCAAACCCACACCCCCGGGCACGUGAAGCCUGCUCAGGCGCCCGGAGCCGCGACUCAGUGUCGCGUACCUGCAGCGGACUAUGAGGCUCGCCAUCUGCGCCCUGCUGUGUGCAGGGACCCUGGGGCUGUGUUUGGCUGUCCCUGGGAAAACUGUGAGGUGGUGCACCAUCUCAGAUCAUGAGGCCAGUAAGUGCUCCAGUUUCAGUGACAAUAUGAAAAGAGUCCUUCCAGUGGAUGGUCCUCACGUCACCUGUGUGAAGAGAACCUCUCACCUCGAAUGUAUCAAGGCCAUUAUGGCAAACGAAGCAGAUGCUGUGACCCUCGAAGCAGGUUUUGUGCUUGAAGCGAGCCUGCCCCCCUUCAACCUGAAGCCUGUCGUGGCAGAAUUCCAUGGAUCAAAAAUUGAUCCACACACCUCCCAUUAUGCUGUGGCUGUGGUGGAGAAGGGCAGCGACUUCCAGCUGAAACAGCUCCAAGGCAAGAGGUCCUGCCACACGGGCCUAGGAUGGUCGGCUGGGUGGUACAUCCCCAUCCAGAUACUUUUUCCUUCUGACUCUGUUAAAGAAGCAGCCACAGCAGAAAUGGCCCAGUUCUUCUCCGGCAGCUGUGUACCCUGUGCGAACAGGGAGGUGUUCCCCAAGCUGUGUCAACUGUGUGCAGGGAAAGGGACAAACAAAUGUGCCUGCUCCUUCCAGGAACCAUACUUCGGCUACACAGGCGCCUUCAAGUGUCUGCAGGAUGGUGUAGGGGAUGUGGCCUUCGUGAGGCAUAUGACAGUGUUUGAGAACCUGGCAAACAGGACUGACCGUGACCGGUAUGAGUUGCUCUGCCUGGACAACAGCCGGAUGCCUGUGGAUAAAUACAGGGAGUGCAACCUGGGCCUUUUCCCUUCUCAUGCCGUCGUGGCUCGAAACGUGGGGGGCAAAGACGACUUGAUCUGGGAGGUUCUCAACCAGGCCCAGGAACAUUUUGGAAAAGACAAGUCGACAGAAUUCCAGCUCUUUGCCUCUCCUCAUGGGAAGGACUUGCUGUUUACAGAUGAUACCGAUGGGUUUUUAAGAGUCCCUCCUAAGAUGGACGCCAAGCUAUACGUGGGAUACGAAUAUUUUGCUGCCUUUCAGCAUCAGAGGAUAGGUGUGGAAGACACCCAGAGGGUGCUGUGGUGUGCAGUGGGCCACCAUGAGAGGGUCAAGUGUGAUGAGUGGAGUGUCCUAAGCGGUGGUGCCUUACAGUGCACCAUAGAGGAGACCACUGAGGACUGCAUCGCCACCAUCGCAAAAGGAGAGGCUGAUGCCAUGACUUUGGAUGGAGGCUUCAUCUACACAGCGGGCCAGUGCGGUCUGGUGCCUGUCCUGGCAGAGAACUACAUGCCUAAGGAUGGGUCUACGUGUGUAAAUACACCUGUGGUAGAUGAAUUCUUCAGUCAAAGCUGUGCCCCUGGGUCUGACCCAGAUUCCAGUCUCUGCGCUCUGUGCAGUGGUGGCAGCAGCCCAGCCCACACCUGUGCCCCCAACCACCACGAGAGAUACUAUGGCUUCAGCGGGGCAUUCAGGUGUCUGGUUGAAAAGGGAGACGUGGCCUUUGUGAAGGAGAUCACCGUCUUCCAGAACACUGACGGAAAGAGCCCUGAAGCAUGGGCUAAAGAUCUGAAGCUGGGUGACUUUGAGCUGCUGUGCCUUGAUGGUACCAGGAAGCCUGUGACUGAAGCUUGGAGGUGCAACCUGGCCAUAGUCCCAAAUCAUGCUGUGGUCUCAAGGAAAGAUAAGGCAGCUUUUGUUAGCAGAAUGCUCUUCAAUCAACAGGAGCUCUUUGGAAGAGAUGGGUUUGAAUACAGGAUGUUCCAGAUGUUUCAAUCUUCAACUAAGGACCUGCUCUUCAGCGAUGACACGGCAUGUUUGGCUAACCUUCAGGAUAAAACAACUUAUCGAAAAUACUUAGGACCAGAGUAUCUUACGGCCAUUGCUAACAUGGGACAAUGCUUACACUCUGAACUUCAAGAUGCCUGUACAUUUCAUGUACAUUAAAAACUGAUCAAAGUGGUUAACCACAGAUGCUCAGUGCCUGCAAAUAUGGUGGGGACACAUCCUCACUUGUCUGCAUGUGGGCCUCUGUUAACCUCAGUUGUUUUAUAUAAUUAUGUGCUGUAACUGAUACAAAAAUUAAAAUGAAUAAAAAUUAUUGUGUCUUCUCAGAAAA